AUGGAGUCCGGGCAGCUGCCGGUGUGGCACGGCCUGGGGCUGCUGGGGAGUGGCGGCGGUGGCGGCGAAGGGCCCGGGUUGGGCCCCGGCGGCUGCGAGAGGAGGCUGCUGUGGGCCGCGUCCUUGCUCUGCGUCCUGCUGGACCUCCAGCUGCCAGGUUUGCUGGCUGCUGGACAAACUGAGAUUGAAAACCAUCUGGAAAUGGGGCGGAAGCUGUUGGCAGCCGGGCAGUUGGCUGAAGCACUGUCUCACUAUCACUCCGCAGUGGAAAGUGAUCCCAAAAACUACCUUACCUACUACAAACGUGCAACCAUCUAUUUGGCCAUGGGCAAGUUCAAAUCAGCACUGCCAGACCUCUCAAAGGCUAUUGAGCUCAAGCCGGAUUUCCUGGUCGCCAGACUGCAGCGAGGCAACAUCCUCUUAAAACAAGGAAGCACACAACAGGCCAAGGAGGACUUUGAAGCUGUGCUCAGGAGCAAUCCAGAUAACACAGAGGCCAAAAGCCAGCUCAAACAGGUCACCGAACUAGAAUUUUCCAUGCAAGAAGCUCGGACAGUCUUUCAGAAGAAAAACUACCUGGGAGCAAUCAGUUUUCUGGAUCAAAUAAUCGAGAUUUCCCCAUGGGACCCAGAAGCAAAAGAGCUGCGCUCUGAAUGCUAUCUGUACCUUGGCAACUACAACAAGGCCAUCAUGGACCUAAAACCCACCACCAGACUACGUAACGAUAACAGGGCAGCUUUCCUGAAGCUCAGCAAGCUCUAUUACUACUUGGGGGAGCAUGAGAAGGCCCUAAUCCAAGUACGGGAGUGUCUGAAGUUGGACCAGGAUGACAAGGAAUGCUUCUCCCACUACAAGCGAGUGAAGACGCUUGCCAAGCAGCUGGAAUCAGCUGAGGAACACAUCAAAGGACAAAGGUAUGAUGAUGCCAUUGAGAAAUAUAAAGCAGCCAUGAAAACAGAGCCCGCUGUAGCAAUCUAUACCACUAAGGCCAAAGGACACAUCUGCCACUGUUUAUCCAAGAGCAAACGGCAUCAUGAAGCCAUAGACAUCUGUACAGAAGCUCAUCAGCUUGACCCCAGGAAUGUGUUCAUCCUGCGUGACAGAGCCGAAGCCUACAUCCUGAAUGAGGAGUUUGAGAAAGCUAUCGAAGACUAUCACGAAGCCAAAGGGAUUGAUGAUGAGAAUGAGGAAUUGAAAGAAGGGCUGGAGAGGGCACAGAAGCUUCUGAAGCAGUCUAAGAAGCGAGACUAUUACAAAAUCCUUGGUGUUCAAAGAAAUGCAAAUAAGCAGGAAAUCAUCAAAGCCUACCGAAAGCUGGCUCAACAAUGGCACCCUGACAAUUUCCAGUCAGAAGAUGAGAAAAAGAGAGCUGAGAAGAAAUUUAUAGACAUUGCAGCUGCUAAAGAAGUCCUAACAGAUCUAGAAAUGAGACAGAAGUUUGACUCCGGUGAAGAUCCACUAGACCCAGAGAGCCAGCAAGGUGGGGGAGGACAUCAGUGGCCCUUCGAAUUCAACCCCUUUGGCUCAGGGAACUUCCAUUUUAAAUUUCACUUCAACUAACUUUGGCCAAGCCCAGAACAAGCAGGCAAAAACUGUGGCUAAUGAACAGACAGUCUGACUUCUGGGCAGCAUUUAGCUAACCAAGAGACUCCAGAGGAAUAUCCAUCCCCAACUGGAAACAACUGCUACACAACAGGGAAGAGGAUGAUAAGAAGGGAUUUCCCCUGCUGUGUUCAAACAUCCCUCCUCAUCUGUCCAAAUGUCUCAUUGCUGAAUAAACCAGGUCCUGAAGAAAGAGAGUGACGUCUUGAACUAUGGGUGAAGCUUUGAGGAGCUUUGAAGUGGGACAUACAUUGCAUGCAGAGCUGGAAACCUCUCAGAAAACCUGCCUUUCACAGUGGCCCUCAAACCAGUUAGGCUGAGUUUCAUUGGCCUUGUGUGGCCAACCUUCAGCAGGUUGUGAGUUGGUGCAGGGAAACCAACCUUCUCCAAGUCAUCUCUCAGUCCAAGACCCUUCACCUUGUAACCAUCAACCAAGUAGCUCAUCUUCAGCCCCAGAGGGGCAAAUGUUCCUUUCUUUACUUACCAAAAAAAAAGUAUGCCAUUUUUCUUCCGUUGAAGUUCACCUACCCAAAAAGCUCUGGGCUGAAAGUGCCGAAGUAAUCCAUAUCGUGGGGUGAUCUCUAGAUCUGAUGGCAGGGGGAGAAACCUGAGCUGCCUCUGCAGAUAUCUUCCUCUGUUGCAACAUCCCUGGUUUGAUUCUUUUUUUAAGUUGGGAAGGUAGAUUUGAUAUGGCUAUUAAUCUUGUGAAACUCCCUUAUUGGACUGUGAUGUUUGAGAAGGGAAAGUUUGGAGGUGCUGUCUUGGAUUUGUGGCUGUCAGAUCACCCUGUCCAGUUGGUAACAUUUUUCUUUUUUAUAGCAAGAUGGAUUCUGGUAUUGAACAUUGACUGUUCUUUUCUCUAAAUAUGAGGGGGAAUUAUAUUGCUAAAGAACCCAGUUUAAGGAGACAUGAGCUUCUUUCCUUUAUCUUCAUAAAAUUCCCUUCUAGGCCUGAUUUUGAGUGUUUUCAUGGGUGACUAGCCAGGCUGAUUCUCUCCAACUCAGUCAGGAUACUGGCCUCCCCAAUUUCCAAUGUUACACAAAUAAUUUUUAAAAAACAAAACAACCUCUUUCUCUUCCCCCCCCUCCUCCAAGCAUAGUAUCUUUAUAAAACAUGUUUGGCAACUGUCACUAUCCUAUGGCUGAGAGGAGUAACUUAAAAGGAGGGGUGCUUAACUUUCACUUUUACCACAAGUGUCAAGAUUAAACGUUUGUAUUGCAAAGCUGCCGACUGUCUUUCCUUCACAUUAUUGUGUGGGUAAGAAAGAAAGUGUAUGUCAGACUAAAAGUGCUUAUUACCCAAUCUGCAAAUGAUUCUGUGGUCCUUCCCCAAGUUAGAGAAAAUGAAUCCUGCUGCAGUUUAAGUCAAAUCAAGGAAUAAGCACUCAGAAAGGUCUGAAUCUACAGCUAGCCUCCCUGCCUGUAAACAGAAGGACCUCUGAUGAGCUUCAGCCAAAAAAUAGAUUCUGCUUCUCCAGCCCUCUGUAUGAAAAUAGGCAUAAGAAAGGUGGCUGCAGUCCUCUGCACUGGCCUGGGAGUAUGUUCCCUUGACCUCAAGGGGUCUUGCCUCUUGAGUAAACAUAUUGUAUGUUAUUUACAUAUUGUACUAUGUAAGUAAAGAAAUCAAGAGUAUGCUUCUAUCUUGUUUGCAGUGUGCUGGGAUAAUAUGGGGCCUUAUUCCACAUAAAAACCCAAAAUUAAGAAUUUUGGACCCCCCUGAAGAAAUUUGCCUUCAGUCCCAAAAUUUUGACUGUUACAGGUAGUGAGACCUUAAAAGCAGUACACACCUAGAACCUUUGCUAUGUUUGUAUUCACAUGGUGUCUGCCUCUCUUCUUUGGAUGCGUAAACUUAAUUCCAAAUGUUUGAUUCAAGUUACUGCAAUGUUAGAAAUUAGGAGACUGAAGGAGAAUUUCUUUGGGAGGCAGAAUUCUUACUUGCCCUCAUUUUGUUGCCCUCUCAGUAGCUACACCUGUGUGUUAGGGAGUCCAAAAUGUCCUCCAGUGCCUAGUUCCAUUUCAGUCAAAUUUGGCAUGUUACACUGUGAAAGCAAAACAGAGAGGUGGGCUUGGUUCUGACCCUGGAGAGGGGUGGUAGCACAAGGGAAGAACACUCGCAUUGCAAUGCAGAUCUUAUAUUUAUUCCCUUACAGCACUAGGUAGGGUUAGAAAUGAAUCCUGGAGAGCUGCUGCCAGGCAGAGUUGAUGGUAUAAAGCUACAGGAAUCAAUAACCUGACUGCAUAAGGCAGCUUCCUGUGUUCACUAAGGCAAGAGGGUAUUUUGCUCAAGCCUUCUGUACAGCUGUUGGCAAGGGGGCAUAAGGACUAUGCCAGUGAUCUUCUGCAUCAACCUGGGUACUUCGGUAUUUUGCUCAGGUGCUGGAAGAAGAGUCCAUCAAAGCCUGAAGCUUGCAUGCAACAGAGGUGUGGACAAGCAGAGGUUUCCAGGGAUCAGAUGUUAAGGGGUGGGUCUUGCAGCCCUAUGUUGGAGGACAUACUCCCAUCAGUCCUAGCCAACAAAGUCAAUGGCAAGGAAUUCUGGGUAUUCCAGUCCAACAUUUGGAGGUCUGUAAUAGUCCUUUGUUUCCAGCUGGGAGCUCCAGAGGAAAAGGGCAUUCCCCCCCCCAUGCCUAAAAGCCAAGGCGGCUGAAUUGAACUACCACUUUUUUCCUGGUUGACUACUAGUAGUGUGAUGUGGGGACUCAAACUUAGUUUCAGUUGAAUCUUCUCUUGGCCAUACUUUUCAGAGUGUUUGGAGAGCCAGUGAGUAAGAAAGUACUGAAGGUCACAGUACUUUAGGCUAUUCAAGUACUGUAUGUUAUAAAUACUGAAAUGAGGGAUUCUUUUUUCCUUUUAAGGUGUGAGAUAGUGUGGUAAAAGUGGAACUUCUUUUUGUGAGCCACUUUCAGUGUCACUCUAGGAGAAAGGUGGCAUUUAAAUGACUAUUAUUAUUAUUAUUAUUAUUAUUAUUAUUAUUAUUAUUUUAGAGCCACUUGGCUGUAGGACUUGGCCUUCAGACCCCUGGACAGGGUGGCCUAAUCUUGGUUGGAUUUGUUUCCUUCCCGGAAUUUUGCUUUAUUUUUAAUUGUUCUUGCAUAAUAAGUGGAAAUUCAAAAGAUGGUGAACAGGGGCUAUUGCAGUUCCAAACCAUAUUCGUUUUAUUGGGGGGGGACCCUGAUAUGUGUGAUCUAGUGCUUCUUGUGUCUAAAUUAUUCAAGUCCUAAGUUUCUUUUUUAAAAAUAAUAGUAAAAAAAAUUAAAAACUUCA